AAAGCAUGUGGUAGUUAACUUAUAAAGAAACAUACAAUUAUGUCAUUCAAAAUACAUUGACAUUAUAACACGAAACAAUAGUCUCACUUUUCUCAUUCUCAACACCUAUAAAAGGAGGUUGUUCUUUAAGGAAAUCCCAUAACUCAAAACACAAUUCCAGUAUUUCAACUACAUAUUAAUUUGCUAAAAGGUUUCUCAUAUUUCAAGGGGGGAAAUGGCUAGAUCAUUUGCAAACAUUGUUGUGGUUUUAUUGGUAAUGGUUGUAGCAAUAGUAGAGGCUACUCCCCCAGGAAUAGCUAACCAUCCAAGCCAUUCUCAUUGCUCUGAUGAUGAGAUCAAACAAUGCAAAAAUCUUCCACAUGUUUGUCCCAAAUUCUGUCCUAACGGCUGUAUUACUGAGUGUCGUUCUUGCAAGCCUAUUUGCAUUGAUGGUCCAUCACCCCCACCUCCCUUUUAUCCUCCUCAUGAAUCUCCAUUAUCACCCCCACCUCCCUUUUACCCUCCUCAUGAAUCUCCAUUAUCACCCCCACCUCCCUUUCACCCUCCUCAUGAAUCUCCAUUAUCACCCCCACCUCCCUUUCACCCUCCUCAUGAAGCAACAUACCCAAAGAAGGUUAAGUGCAAGAGCAAGAACAAGAAAUAUUCCAAAUGUUACGAUCAAGAACAUACAUGCCCUACCACUUGCCCGGGUACUUGUCAAGUUGAUUGUGUCUCUUGCAAACCUGUUUGCAGUUGUGACAUGCCCGGUGCAGUUUGCCAAGAUCCACGUUUCAUUGGCGCAGAUGGAAUUACUUUCUACUUCCACGGCAAGAAGGACAAAGAUUUUUGCUUGGUCUCAGACUCUAACCUCCACAUCAAUGCCCACUUCAUAGGAAAACGAAAUGAGAACAUGAAAAGAGACUUCACUUGGGUUCAAGCCAUUGGUAUCCUAUAUGGUACUGAUCACAGCAUUUCAAUUGGAGCACAAAAGACUGCUACAUGGGAUGAUGCCAUCGAUCGUCUUUCCCUCAACUUUGAUGGUGAAUCUAUUGUUAUCCCUAACAACAAAGGCGAAAGCUGGAUGUCUGAAUCCGGACCAACAACAUACAUCACUCGAACCAGCAACAACAACGAGGUUGUUAUCGAAGUUGAAAACAUUUUCAAGAUUACAGCAAAGGUGGUGCCUAUUACAAAGAAAGAAUCUAAAGUUCAUAACUAUGGCAUAACACAAGACGAUUGUUUUGCUCAUCUUGAACUUGGAUUCAAGUUUUUCUCUCUGAGUGAUGAAGUGAAUGGUGUUUUGGGCCAAACUUAUAGAAGGAACUACGUGAGCAGAGUGAAAAUGGGUGCUUCGAUGCCAGUAAUGGGAGGUGACAAAGAAUUUUCAGCUUCAGGACUCUUUAAAGCUGAUUGCUCAGUGGCCAAGUUUAAAGCAGUAAAUGAAAUCAAUGAGGGUUCGUUGAAUAAUUUGGAGCUGCCUAGCUUGAGGUGCAACAGUGGAAUUUCUGGACGUGGAGUUGUCUGCAAGCGCUAGAAUUUCUUGAUUCAACAUUAAUUAUUGUUUCUGAGUGAAUAAAGAGUUCAUGUAAAAAUAACGUUAGAAACCAAGUAAAUGUUAUGCCCAAUGAAAAUGUAUUAGUGUAUUAAACUACUACUCAAAAUAAUAAAGUUGUUUCUCUUUUAUUUCGAAAAU